UGGUUCUUUCCCCCACUAUGUAAUAUAAAAUUUUCAGCUAUAAAAGUCUCAUGUUUUAGCCAGUUCGUUGUUAUAAUAAUGUUUACAAUAUUAUUAAUUUGAUCAAUUCAUUUCGUAAAGUGUUUAUUGUAAAUAUUUAAUUAUUAUUAAGAUGUCAAAGACUGUAUUUGUUUCUGGUGCCAAUGGGUUCAUUGCUUCUCAUACUGUGGGUUUAUUAUUAGAUCAAGGUUAUACUGUUAUUGGUUCAGUUAGAAGUGAAGCUAAAGGUGCUUCUUUCAAGAAAGCUUUAAAAACUGAUAAAUUCUCUUAUGUUGUUAUCCCUAACAUUGCUGAUGUUGGUGCUUUCGAUAAUGUAUUGAAGGAAAAUCCUCAAAUUUCUGCUUUCUUACAUAUUGCUUCUCCAUUCCGUUUUAAUGUUGAAAGUCCAGAAAAUGAUAUUUUAAUUCCUGCAAUUGAAGGUACUAGAAAUGUAUUGAAUUCCAUUAAGAAGUAUGCUCCUCAAAUAACUAGAGUUGUUAUUACUUCUUCUGAUUGUGCUGCAAGAGAAAAUGAUGAUAGAGAUCCAAGCAUUGUUCUUGAUGAAAGUGUUUGGAGUAAAGCUACAUUUGAAAGUUCAAAACAUGACUUGGUUCCUGCUUAUCUUGGAUCUAAGCCUUUGGCUGAAAAAUUGGCCUGGGACUUUGUUAAAAAUGAAAAGCCAAACUUCAAAUUAGUCACUGUUUUACCAAGUUACACAUUUGGUCCUCAAUUAACUGAUGAAUUAGUUUCUCCAGACUUGAACAAUUCUUCUAAAGUCAUUGAAUCUAUUCUUCAACUGACUCCAGAAUCAGUGUUACAUAAUCACACUGGUAGUUGGAUCGAUGUUAGAGAUGCUGCAAAGGCUCAUAUUGUUGCUUUACAAAGCGAUGAAGCCGUUAAUCAGAGAUUAAUUUUAUCCUCAAGUAGAUUUACUUCUCAAACUAUUACUGAUAUCAUUAUCAAAGACUUCCCACAAUAUAAGGGUAAGAUUUUUGAAGGUGUUCCAGGUGCUGAUGUUGAAGAAGUAAAGACUUUCCAAACAUUGAAUUACUCAAAAACCAACAAUAUCUUAGGAUUUAAAUUUAUUCCUAUAAAGAAAACAGUUGAUGACAGUGUUUCUCAAUUAUUGAGAGUUAGAGGUGCUUGAAUGGGUCGAAAUAAUAAAAUAGACAGGUAUAUAUUAAUAAAAGUUAACCAAAAUGAAAUAAAUAACGCGAUACAAUCGAAGAAUAAGACUCGUAGACAGACAAAUACAGACUUCAGCUCUUGACAUAUUUUCCAAAGUUAUCACCUAAUUCUGCUCUUAAUAACAUUCUUUUAACCAGAACUCCAUAGCGAUACCCAUUCAAAGUACCUUUACUUCCAAGUACUCUAUGACAAGGAACUAUUAUUGCAAGUUUAUUGGAACCAAUGCAAUUUCCAAUGGCUCGACUCGACAGGGCCAGCUUAUUCAAAUCUUUAGCAACAGUUGAGUAGUUUGUUACUUCGCCAAAGGGAACAUUAUCAACAAGAUGAGUCCAAACUUUUCUUUGGAGUUGUGUUCCAAAUAUGAA